AUGAUUACAACUGCUUUCUACUUUAAAGCAAAUAUCAAUGAAAAAGAUAAUGAUGGAAUAACUGCUCUUCAUCAUGCAGCAUGGAAUAAUUAUAAAGAUACUGCCGAAGUUCUUAUUUCUUAUGGUGCAAAUAUCAACGAAAAAGAUAAUGAUGGAAGAACUGUACUUCAUAAUGCAGUACUGGAUAAACAAGAAGAAAUAGUUGGACUUCUUAUUUCACCAUAUAUGCGAAUAACUCAGGUUAUAUAG